GUAAUCCAGCUGACAAGAAGAGUUACUUUUAGGAAAAGAGAUAUUUCUUAGAUUUUCUCCUGUAGUUCUUGUAUUUCUCACUAUUUUAAUGCGAUUUUUAUCAACAUGUGCACUAGUAAUAUAUACUCAACCUAAAAGGAAACGAUGGAGAUAAUAGAUCGUCCUCAAAAGUGCUUCUUGAAAUGUGAGCUGUAUAUAUUCCUAUUGGUAUUCUGUAACUUGCAUUUAAUUGCUGCUGAUACCAUAGAGUGUCACUUUCUUCAGACUCAAGAGAUUGAACUUAGUCCAGGUGACACAGGACAGAUCAUCUCCCCCAACUACCCCAGUGAACACUUGGCAUAUAGAAGUCAUUGUACUCUUGAACUGAUCACAAAUGAAUGGUCAGAUUUGGAGUUCUCUUUCACUGAUUUUAAUAUUACUAAUUGCCAACAUCGGUUCGUUCAGCCACGUAUUGAUAAAAGUGCAGCAUUUUGUGAUUCAUAUGAUAUAUGCAGUUAUUUAAUCAUUGGCAAGGCCAGUAGUGGCCCAGAAAUCCCAGGACCAAAUAAUUCCAAUACUAUGCUCUCUGGUGAUCUCACUGGGACGACGUAUCUUUCCAAUUUAAAAACCACUGCCUUCCAGUUUUGCUUCAGUAGCAAUAAUGAUAAUAACAGACGGAGGAAAUGGAGCAUCGGUUACAAAGUUAAAAGUCGAAUGAUCCCAGUGUCAGUGUCAUUGGGCGAAGCAGGAUCUAAGACGAUCACAUCAGAAAAUUUCCCAAAUCCUUAUCCACGUAGUUCACAGAGGAAGAGGUUCUGGAAGAUUGACUUUGUGGGUGAAACAUUGACCCCAGGGAGAGGAUUUUAUGUGAUUGUUGUGCGCUUUUCUGAUGCAGAUCUUCACGAAGGAGAUAAUAUAAGGAUAUAUCACAACAGUCAGAUCCCCAAGGAAAAUCCAAAAUAUGUUUUUAGUUCGCCAAAUUAUAUAAGCGGGAUCUCAGGCUCUAAAACAUAUUAUUCUUAUGAACUUUUGGAGCCCCACAUUGUACUGGAGUUUGCAGUUAAAGAUGAAAGAGAAUCAUAUCACACACCGCAUUUUGAGGACUAUACAUUCUAUGGCUGGAAAGUCAAGAUCACUUUUUUGGGAGUCCAAUAUUCUACUUCGAGGAAGAUAGAAGUUCCCACCACAAUAAGGAGCAGAUCUUUAUGUGGUGAUAACUAUGCUGUGGCAGUAAAGGGAGGCGGAACACUGUCGAUUAAGAAUAAAAAUCCAGCACACGGAAUUUCAAAACUUGAGUGCAUAUGGGUGAUUCGCCCAAGCCCAAUCAAAGCCUACCUGCAUCUCAGUACUACUUUUCCACCAAUGCGACUAGAAACCCUUCUUGCAAUAAAACGUCGUAAGCUAGAUAUCAGGAAUGGUCUUACAUCAGAAUCUCCAGUUGCAGCUCUGAGUCACGGGGCUAAUAAAUAUGAUUCAAGGAUAGGAUUUUAUGUGCGCUUAUAUAUAGAAUUUGAACUUAUGGUGUACACCAAAGACGAGACAGUGUUUUCCUUAACAUAUGUCUCCUAUACUCAAACUUCUAAUCCAUUGAACUGCAGAAUUCAGAUAGAUGGCACUCAUGGCAAACUGUGCAGGAGGUCAGAAAUGUGUAUACACAGGGACUUCUUCUGUGAUGGAGCAAACCACUGCCCAAGAGGAGAUGAUGAAUCAGAUACUGAUUGUCAGGAAUGUAGGAACUUGGGUUAUCGGUCACAUGGAUGUCCAGAAGAUGGGAUAUGCGUUGCAAAUGGUCUCAGAUGCCCUGGAGGUGUAACCUGUGGGGGAAGCAGGAAGGCAAAGUAUUGUGAUGAUGAAAAGACAGAAUGCUACACUGUGGCAGAGAGAUGUGAUAAUAAAAGAGAUUGCUAUAAUGGAAAAGAUGAAAAAGAUUGCACUUGUAAAGCCCUCAAUAAGAAAUCUUGUUACGUUAAUGAUUACUAUGAUGUUGACUGUUACUUCAGUCAUCAGAAGUGUGAUGGCUCAAAGGAUUGCGCUAAUGGGAUGGAUGAGAGUAAUUGUGGCUCCGCUGAAGAGCUGUUUGAUGGUGGAACGAGCGUGCUGUGGAUCAUCGUUGGAGCUGUUAUUUUGGUUUUUAUAGUCUGCUUUCUCAUUUGCUGUCAUUGUUGCAAACAACGCCAAACUACCAAUAACCGCAACCGUGGUAUUGUUGCAACAGCUGGACCCCAUGCAAUAGAUUUAGAUUCCAGUGUUCGACUGACAACAUUCUCAGGGAAUGCUGGGAUAGGUCCUUUAACUGAAGAAUCAACUCCGCCAGUACCCGAGCCACCACCCACAUACACAGAGGUGGUGGCUACAGACAGAUAUAGAAUUCCAGGCCAGUCAAGGCCUGUCAAUAGGGACAGUAUGUUGCCGAGUUAUGAAGAUGUGUCCCAUAUACCCAGUGGCAGUAUGGGUAAUAUACAUUCUAUACGAUCGCCACCUAUAGGUGGAAAUGUAAACUUAUUAAGGGGCCCAAAUAGAGCCAGAUCUGAAGAGCACCUAUCUACAGCAAAUCAUCAAGGGCAAAGUGCAAUGAGACUUAAUCAGCAAAAUUCCAGACAAUCCAAUGCUUAUGUUACCACGGAGACUGAUACUAGUCCUAGGCAACAAGAGCCUAGCAACAGGAGGGAAAAUAUUGGGGAAAAUCCCCAUGAGACAACACCAUUGAGAAGUGAUGUAGAUCAUGUAUGACAUUGAACCUAAAAGCAUGAUGCAUCUGUCAAAAAGGUUAUAAAUUAAGUCUGUCAUUCUCCAACAUUGGACAACAAACUUAAGUCACAUGGCAAUGCCUUAUGUGUUAUAUCCCAGAAUAUCUGGCGUAUGCUGUGAAUACAUUUUUAAACUAUAGGAACAGCCUUGGAAGCAAUUUCAUGAUAUAUAAUCCAAGUUCAUUUUAUCGGAAGAUCCUACAUUUGAAAGAUGAAUAGGUGUGUUGAGCAUCAAAAUGUUAUAACAUAUGAUAAGGACCUCCACUAGGAUGAUCAAGAGGAAUCAUACUUGAAAUGGCUGUGAUCGCUAUGAUUAGGCAAUCGCAUGAAGGAGCUAUUCUGAGCUUUAUAUUUUGACUAAAUGUGAGGUGUUUUCAUUUUGGAUCGUAUCUACUUAUUUAUUUUUAUAUGAUAUCCACUGAGUAAUUUAUUACUUGUUAAGACAAGUCAUUUAAAACUGGGGAAAACAGGAGAAGAGAAUCAGGUUUAUCAUGGCGUUGCCAUGGAAAUGCUUUAAGUUACUCCCAGAAUGCAAUGCCAAUGUGCACCUGGUGCGCCAGUACUUCAGAUAAUGCUGUAAAUUAUUUAUCUACAAAAUUGUUGUAAGUUGCAUUGCAUAAAAUGCAGUAUUCUUAAUUUUUCAUUUGGGCAGUGCAAAUCUAAAAUGUUUUAAGCUCUGGGCACAUAUUUGCUGAAUUAGUGGUAGUAUGUUUGCCACCCCACCACAUGUAUAUAGCAGUCAUCACAUCUUAAACCUGCACAUCGUUCUAAAACACAAUCUUGGGUUAUUCAAGGGCAAACUGUAAGAUUUUGAGCUUUAAUGAAAUUUAAGUAUAUACAAUGGUGAACAAAUGGGACAAAUCUUGUGUACAAAUACUCACGAUAAAUGUGUAAUUAUGAGGAUUGUUCUUUGAAUUGCUUCGAUUGUCGCC